GAUAAACAUUGGAAUCCAUAGAUUCGGUCAAAAUCACUGAAGUCGUGUUGACUCGUCUGCUAAUCUGUGGAUUGCAAGCUAGCGUCUAAGUAGUUAUUGAAAGAUUUGGUGGAACUAGCUUGUUAGAAAUCAUAAAUUGGCCGGGGUAUCGUCGUAAUUCAACAGCUAACAAACAACAACUCUAUUUGACAUGGAUGACCUUAUCACAUUAAUUCGCACCGAAAUCCCAGAAGGGCGUAAAAAUUUACAGGAAAGCUUUUCUAAUUUGGAACGGGUUGCCGAAUAUUGUGAGGAUACCUAUUAUCGCUCAGAUAACAAAAAGGCUUCCCUGGAAGAAACGAAGAAUUAUACUACACAAUCUUUGGCAAGCGUCGCUUACCAAAUAAACACUCUGGCAUUCAAUUUUCUGCAGCUGAUGGAUCUGCAGACUACGCAAAUGUCAGAAAUGGAAUCACAGAUGAAUCAUAUUUCACAAACUGUCAUGAUACACAAGGAAAAGGUGGCACGACGUGAGAUCGGUGUGCUAACCGCGAAUAAGAUCAGUUCGAGGCAAUACAAAAUUGUUGCACCACUCAAUCCAGAAAAGCCUAUUAAGUAUGUUCGUAAACCUAUCGAUUAUUCGCUUCUAGACGACGUUGGUCACGGCAUUUCGCUAACCAAUAAUAACCAGAAGAAGCAUCGCAUCUCCAGUCAAGGCACUAUACAAUCUACCAUUCCUCAAAAUGUGUCGGUUGGACCACCACCAACUACCAAGCCACCGACACCGCCUCAAAUGGCCCGCAGUACUGGACAUUCGGGCACUCUAGGUAAGCCCGUUAGUAACACUGGAACUCUAGGGAAGGCAUCUCGCGAGUACCGGACACCACCAGUCGUUGUGCCUCCUCAAGUACCCUCGCAUUACGCGCCCAACUAUCCGGUUGGCCAUCCGCGACGAACGUCCAGCGGUGGUGGAGUUGAACGGGGCCCAGGCUAUAGUGCUCUACCAAUGCCAAUGCCCCCAAGUCAGGUGGUAAUGCACCAUCCGCCGCAAAUCGGCAUGGUACAUCCUAUGCAGUCUGGACCUGUCAUGCAGCAUCAAUCAACUUUUGAGGAGCGUAACAGUAUGCCGCCACCCCCAUCACCACUCACCGUCACCCAUGAACAACCAGACCAUAGUCACAUCGGUAUGCACACACUAAGCCGCAAUAUGCCUCGUCCUGGGUCACAAUCACCACCCCUACCGCCGCCACCACCACCGGAGGAAUCGGAUCAUGCUGAUUUUGGUCGACCACGUAAUACCCAUAAUAGCUUGGUGGCACCGAUCGUACCAGAUGAUCAAAAUCUGCCAGGCUGGGUUCCAAAAAAUUAUAUUGAGAAGGUGGUAGCUAUCUACGAUUAUUACGCCGACAAGGACGACGAGCUAAGUUUUCAGGAAAGUUCCGUGUUGUAUGUGCUUAAGAAAAAUGAUGAUGGAUGGUGGGAGGGCGUUAUGGACGGCGUGACCGGACUAUUCCCGGGCAAUUAUGUAGAACCUUGCGUUUAAAAUUAUACAUUAGCGAGCUAAAUACUGCAAAUAACGUUUGCUUGAACUGCGGUUUAUGAUAUGGUUUCUAUUGCUUACAUUUUAUUUGAGUUAGGGUAACUGUACCAGUAUUCGGCAGUGUACCUGUUUUCGGCAGGGUAACAAAAAACGUGUAAUUACGCAGAAACGCGUUGAACAUAGUCUCCGCACAUAUUUUUUUAAAAUAGAGAUAAACUCUUUUGUUAUUCAUAUACUAUGUAUCACAUCAUUUCUUUGCAUAUUUUUCAAAAUAUCAUACGAAAUUUGCAGAGUUCGCAAUUUUUCGGCAUAUUUGCUGUCAGCCAAUAGUUCGGUAGGUUUCGUUAUUAAGAGAACCAGAAAAGUAAACUAAUGAAAGUGUGGUUUUAAAUGGAAGAAUCUGUGGUUCUUGAAUUUAUUAUAACCCGUUUAGCAUUUUAGAAUCACGAAAAUCUAAUAUUUAUUCCCUUUAAAUGCUGCCGAAAAAAGGUACACGGUAAAUGUUGAUUUUUGACAGAUCAAUGCUGUAGGCUCCUGCCAAAACUUGAAACAAUAACACACUUUUGAUUUCGUUGAAUAUUAAUUUAUAAUUUGAUCAGAACAAUACAAUGCGUAUGUCGACACAUAAAACCACACUUCUUGUAUCAAAUAUCACCAAUUUCACUAUAAAUAAUCCAAUAACUUGUGAGACAAAUUGUAAUUUGUGAGCCAGUCGGAGUCUUAAUCUAUCAGGCAAUCUCUUUUCUCCAAUGCCUACUUUGUUUGUAACUCAAAUCAAAAUAAAUGUAAAAUUGCCAGCAAAAUGCCCAACAUAUAAUUAAUAAUUUAAGUACUUUCAACAUCAAUCUUAGAAAGCGAGAAUUUAAAACAUUUGAACAUUUUUGUAUACCUAUUGGCAUUGAUUAAACCAUUUACCGACCGACCCGUAUUCGCUUUGGCGAAAAGAGGUCAAAACUGCCGAAAAUAGGAAGAAUAACAGCAUUUGCGUUUACACGAAUAUUUCAAAAAAAUACAUUUAAAUUGGCAAAUAAAAAUAGCACAACAUAAUACGAUAGUUUACAAAUAAUGUCAUACUUUCACGAAAAGUAAUAAAAAUUGUAAGUGUUCGAGCACA